AUGGGGAACCCACAGAGACCCACCAGACGGAGAAAAGCCCUGAAAGUCUUCAACUUAGUAGCAGUUGGUGCUGCAGACAGGAAUGUCACCAUCUCUGCUGGGACUGGAAAGGCCCUUUUGCUUGAAGGGAUCAUUAAGUUCCUGAACAGAUUGCACGUCCCAUCUAGGAUUAAAGUUACAGGAUUCACUGGGGUGCCAGCUUUACCUCUAAAGGGGUGCCUGUUGGAGUGGGGAAAGUUUGAAGUUUUGGUCAUAGAUGACAUCAGCAUGAUGAGUGCAAAACCGUUCGACAGUCUCCAAUUUGUUGCAAGUGGGGUAAGGGGUGUGGAUGAGACCUUGGGAGGGAUUCAACUUGAUGUGAGUGGUGAUUUCUUUCAAUUGCCACCAAUGGUUAGUAACAAGGAUUAUUGUUCUCAAGGGGUGAUGUAUGCAAUUGAGGCUGAGUGUUGGAAUAGAAGUUUGGACUUGGAGGGGCAGCUCAAAAGGGUGUUUGGAUAG